AAAAAAGAAAAAAAGAAACAGAGCACAGAGAGGGAGAGAGAGGAGGGGGAUGAUGUGCAUCAUUCAAUCCCAUGUGCAGUUCCAUUGGCUUCUUCAAUCCCCAAGCUCCUCACAUUCCCUCUAUUCUCCCAAUUCAUCCUCUUCUUCUUCUUCUUGCUUCCUCCUCCUACUCUUCCUCGCCCUCUUAUUACUUUCUCAAAAGCUGAUCAAUCUAUCUAUCCAUCCAUCUCCACACAGACCCCAAUUUACACGUUCACCUAUAUAAGGAAUCAUCACAAAUCAUUCAAAAACUCCCCCUUUUUCAGUCCCCCUCUGAUCCACUUCCUAUUGGGUGCUGCAGUUUUUUGUUUUUCUUGCCCCUUUCCCCUUUGAACGGUCAAAAAAAAAAAAACCCACGUCCCAAGAUGAGGGAGAGAGAAAAAGAAGAUAAAGUUGGGCUGGUGUUGUCAUGUAGGUGGAAGAAUUGAGAGGGAUUAUUUCUAUCCCCCUUUUAUUUUUGUUCUUUUUAAUUUUUUUGGAUUUCUGGGGGGGUCGUUCUUUCUCCGGGUGGAAAAGGAGAGAGAAAUGUUGGCAAUGGAGAAGGAUUUUGAUUCGAAGCUGGGCAUUCAGGGAGAGAGAAAUGUUAGCAGCAGCAGCAACAACAACAACAACAACAAUGGAGGGAGCAGCAACGUGCAGAGAUCUAAGAGCUUCGCGUUCAGAGCUCCCCAGGAGAAUUUCACCAUUCAAGACUUUGAGCUCGGCAAGAUCUACGGCGUUGGUUCUUAUUCUAAGGUCGUGAGGGCAAAGAAGAAGGACACAGGAGUUGUGUAUGCUUUGAAGAUAAUGGAUAAGAAGUUCAUCACCAAAGAGAAUAAAACGGCUUAUGUGAAGCUGGAGCGCAUUGUAUUGGACCAGUUAGAUCACCCAGGGAUUGUGCGGCUAUUUUUCACAUUUCAAGAUACCUUUUCAUUAUAUAUGGCACUUGAAUCGUGUGAAGGUGGAGAGCUUUUCGAUCAAAUUACCAGGAAAGGUCGCUUGUCGGAAGAAGAGGCUUGCUUCUAUGCAGCAGAAGUCGUGGAUGCUCUCGAAUACAUACACAGUCUGGGGCUCAUACACCGAGACAUCAAGCCCGAGAAUUUGCUACUCACCUCAGAUGGACACAUUAAAAUUGCCGAUUUUGGGAGUGUAAAGCCUAUGCAAGAUAGUCGUAUAACAGUGCUUCCUAAUGCAGCAUCAGAUGAUAAGGCCUGCACAUUUGUGGGUACAGCAGCAUACGUCCCCCCUGAGGUCCUCAACUCCUCUCCUGCAACUUUUGGAAAUGACCAGUGGGCUUUAGGUUGCACCUUGUACCAAAUGCUUUCGGGGACCUCUCCUUUCAAAGAUGCCAGCGAAUGGCUUACCUUCCAAAGAAUUAUUGCAAGAGACAUAAGAUUCCCAAAUUAUUUUUCUGAAGAAGCAAAAGACCUUAUUGACCGGUUACUGGAUAUCGAGCCAUCAAGAAGGCCUGGAGCAGGACCUGAAGGCUACGAUGCACUUAAGAAGCACCCAUUCUUCAGUAAAGUCGACUGGAGGAACUUAAGAAAGCAAACUCCACCCAAGCUAGCUCUAGAGCAAGUGGUUCACAGUGGAGACAAUGAUUCGAGCGAUUCCCCAUGGAACCCUACCCAUGUCGGGGACGGUUCAACAAAGCAAAACGAAGGAAGUAGUUGUGCAGGGUCGUCAGAAGUUUCUGGUCACAUAACUAGGCUUGCUUCCAUUGAUUCGUUUGACUCGAAGUGGCAACAAUUCCUGGAUCCUGGGGAAUCUGUUCUAAUGAUUUCGACUCUCAAGAAAAUUCGGAAGAUAACUAACAAGAAGGUUCAGCUAAUCCUCACCAACAAGCCAAAGCUAGUCUAUGUGGACCCGUCAAAAGUUGUCAAGGGGAACAUUAUCUGGUCCGACAAUCCUAACGACCUCAGUGUUCAAGUUACCAGCCCUUCAAAUUUCAAAAUCGUCACGCCAAAGAAGAUUAUGGCGUUUGAAGAUUCCAAGCAGAGAGCAUGGCAAUGGAAGAAAGCAAUCGAAGGCCUUCAGAAUCGAGGCGCGGACUUAGAGUUGGGAGGUACUAAAGAAGUUCAUCCCCGAGACAAUUUUACACGCAGGAGAGCAGAAUUCAAGCUUCGAGAUGCGAAUUCGAGAUCCCAUAUGGCUUUCCCCUCUUGAUAUCCAUUUGCGUGCUCUCCUAAGAUUACAGAAUGGAAUUUUGUGCCUUCUUUUUCUUCAUUUAACGCAUUUAUAAUUUUAAGCUAAUGGUUGUAACGGAGACUGCUGUAGGGAUUCUCAAGGAAAACUUCUCAUGAUAUGGUUCCUUAGUAUAUCAGAACUUCUCGUACC